AUGUCUCUGGUGGAGAUUACCCCUGCGCCAAGUGAACCUUGGUCUCGAACAAGUCUCCAGCCAAGAGCCAAGGGAGUUUACAUCUGCGUGUCAAUAUGCGGAUCUCAUCCCACAAAUCACCUCUUGUGGUUGCAUCUGGAUUACCAUAACUCGUCGAGAGAAGCACAGGCGAUGAGGUCACACCUCAACAUUGGCACUCAAAAUGUAUCAUCUGCUCCCACACACAGAGUUGCUCUACCAUUAGGUUCUGAUCCUGCCAGGCAUCUAAAUGACCCCUGGGAAACCCAAACAUCAAUCAUCUGGAUCCCAUCAAAACCUAAAUGGGCGAUAACUUGCUUCGCCGUGUUUCAACUGAUAUGUGACUCGAAAAUGUAA